AGUGGCAACGAAUUAAUGACGUAAAAUCACUGACCACGUUUGUUCGUAAGGUCACAGAUUAUUGUCGUAUACUUGCUGCCGGUACGAAAAUGAGGUGGUUGAGGUUCGCACUUUGCCUCCUCUCGGCUGUAGACAUUGUCCUAAUUUAUUAUGUAGAAGCUGUUGAUAGAUCGAAUUUCAAGACCUGUCAACAAAGUAGCUUUUGUCGGAGAUGCCGAGGUGUGCAGCCUGGAAAAUCAAGUUAUGAACUUCAUCUAAAUACUUUGAAAAUUGAACCAUCAAGCAUUGAGGUUGAAAUGAUUAAUACUCAAAAUGGUGCUAGGUUUCGUUUUCAGCUUUUUGCCCUUCAGGAUGAAACAUUUAGGAUGAAGAUAAAUGAGUGGGCUCCUCUUAAACCUCGCUAUGAAGUUCAGUAUGCUCUUCAGGGAGAACCAGUUUUGAAUAAGUUGACAGUCAUAGAGAAGACAGCUGAAUUUAUUUCUGUUAUGGCUGGGGCAAACAAGGUUACUGUUCAUGCAAUUCCAUUUCGUGUAGAUUUGUUCUCUGGAGAUCAACUAGUCAUAUCUGUGAAUGCAAGGGGACUUAUGAAAUUCGAACAUAUACGUCCAAAGCCAGAACAAAAUGAAGCUGGAGAAAAGAUUGAAGAUGAAGGUGGUCCACACAUUGAUGACACCCUGUCAGAUCCUGGUGCAUGGGAAGAAAAUUUCAAGUCUCACCAUGACUCAAAGCCAAAUGGGCCCACAGCUGUGGCAUUAGACUUUUCAUUUAAUGGUGCUCAUUAUGCAUAUGGCAUACCAGAACAUGCAGAUUCAUUUGCUCUGAAAUCAACAAAGAAUAUUGAUCCAUACCGACUGUAUAACCUGGAUGUGUUUGAAUAUGAACUGAAUAAUGGAAUGUCGCUUUAUGGUUCAGUACCUGUUCUUAUAGCACAUGGGAAUACCCAUACAGCUGGCAUUUUCUGGUUGAAUGCGGCUGAAACAUGGGUAGAUAUUUUGGGUACAGCUGACCAGAAUGUUGUUUCAUCAAUAGUGAAUUUUGUGUCAGGAUCAGCCACUCCUCCCCAAGUUGAUACUCACUUUAUGUCUGAGAGUGGCAUCAUAGAUACAUUCUUCAUGCUUGGUCCAAAGCCAAAGGAUGUGUUCCGACAGUACACAAGACUGACUGGAACCACCCCAUUACCUCAGUAUUUCGCUUUGGCACAUCAUCAGUGUCGAUGGAAUUACAAUGAUCAGGAUGAUGUCAGAAAUGUUGAUAACAAAAUGGAUGAAUAUGAUAUUCCUAAUGAUGUAAUGUGGCUGGAUAUUGAACAUACAGACAGUAAGAGGUACUUCACAUGGGAUCCUGUUAAAUUCUCUCAGCCCACAGAAAUGAUUAAUAAUUUGACAGCCAAGGGUAGAAAGUUGGUGACAAUUGUUGAUCCCCACAUCAAACGAGACAGCAACUAUUUUCUUCAUAAUGAUGCAGAAAAUAAUGAUUACUAUGUGAAAACAAAAGAUGGCAAAGUUUUUGAAGGUUGGUGCUGGCCAGGAUCUUCAAGUUAUCUGGAUCUAUUGAACCCAGAAAUUCGCAGCUAUCUUUCUUCACAAUAUUUGCUACAAAAUUACCAUGGUUCAACAUUGGAUCUUUACAUAUGGAAUGACAUGAAUGAACCAUCAGUUUUUAAUGGACCAGAGAUUACAAUGCAUAAAGACUCCUUACAUUAUGGAGGCUGGGAACAUCGUGAUAUUCACAAUAUUUAUGGUUUGCUUAAUACUGUGUCAACGUACGAAGGCUUACUGCAACGGUCAGAUGGUAAACUCCGACCAUUCAUCUUGACACGAUCUCAUUAUGCGGGCUCACAGCGUUAUGCUUCUGUGUGGACUGGGGACAACACAGCAGAAUGGGGUCACCUCCAGAUCACUAUUCCCAUGUGCCUCUCGCUGUCUGUGGCAGGGAUCUCAUUUUGUGGAGCUGAUGUUGGUGGAUUUUUUAAAAAUCCAGAUAGUGAACUGUUCUCCAGGUGGUACCAGGCUGCAGCGUUUCAACCAUUCUUCAGAACACACUCUCAUAUUGAUACCAAGAGGCGUGAACCAUGGUUGUUUGAUGAACCUACAUUACUACUUAUAAGGGAGGCUAUACGCACACGGUAUUCAUUUCUGCCUCUCUGGUACACAUUAUUUUUUGAACAUGAACAAGAUGGUGCUCCUGUUAUGCGUCCACUUUGGGUUGAAUAUCCUUCAGAAGUGGCUACAUUUGCUUUGGAUGAUGAGUAUUUGUUGGGUGACAGAUUGCUUGUACAUCCUGUGACACAACCAGGAGUGUCAGACGUAAGCGUUUACUUCCCUGGAACUCAAGAUAUUUGGUAUGACAUAAACACAUACAGGAAGGUUCAAGGAGGGGGAACAGUUAAGAUUGCUGUGACAAUGAGCAAGAUUCCAGUUUUUCAAAGGGGUGGAACCAUUAUUCCAAAGAAAGAAAGAAUUCGUAGAUCAUCAGCACUUACACAUAAUGACCCUUACACACUAAUUGUGGCACUAGAUAGAAAUGGGUCUGCAUCAGGCACAUUAUAUAUGGAUGAUGGUCAGAGUUUUGACUACAGAGAAAAGAAAUAUUUAUAUUUAUCCCUGGAAUUUAAAGGAAACAAAUUAAGCUCAAGAUACAUUGAUACUGCACGAUAUCCUACAAGAUCUUGGCUGGAAAGAGUUGUGAUUUUGGGUUUGCCACCAGGAAUAACCCGUGCACAAGCUGAGAGUAAAAGUGCGGGCAGAGUGACUUUGGAAACAACAUAUAAUACUGAAACACAAAGUCUCAUUGUGAGAAAACCUGCUGUGAGCAUGGCUGAAGAAUGGACAAUAGUUCUACAGUAGAGUAGUGAAUAAUUUUCUGCAGAUACAAUGAAGAUGGAGUUAAAAGUAAAUUUCCUGUUGUGACCUGGUUACUUUGUUUGUAAAUAAACCUACAGUGUCAGUGGAAGGUUUAUCAAAUUAGUUCAUUUCAUUUUCAUUUAACAUGGACUUAAGUGCUUGUAAUAAUGGUUGGACAUAUGGAUGAUUUCAUAUUCAUAAACAGGAAGAUUUAACAAGGUACCAUCAUUUCUCACAACUAUAAUCACAACUUCCUACAUGGUCCCAUUGUGUGUCAUUUUUUUAAGAAAACAGAAAUUGUGUAUAUCAGGAGAUGGAUUCUUAAUUAUGCAACCAAGAUGAGACAGAAAAUUUCAUUAAAGUGUGUGGGUUAGUAAAGUUACAUACUGAGUGUAGAAGUAAUAUUUUUAUAACUUUUUGUAUUAUAUAAUUGAAUGUUGCUAAAUUCCACAUUUAGACAUACACUGAGUUCAUCAUAUGGUUCUGUCCUUGUACAUUUUUGUUGGACAAAAGGCAUUACUUAGUAAAUGUCUGUACAGCA